AGAAAAAAAGAUAAUCGCGAUCUUUGCUCAAGAGUCUUUACUUUUCUUUCGGAUAAGCCCCCAGAACAUUGAGAAGCACAUGAUUUGUGUUAUUUUCCUUUAAGAUAUCUGACAAAAUGGCUGCGAGAAAACUGGAAUUUUUUUCUGUAAUUCUUUUGCUAUACUUAUGGGGCUGCACCGCAUUUCCUAAAAGUGAACUAUUCCCGUUUGGUACCGAGCAGUACUUGCAAUCAUUGGAUGAUGUCAGCUCUGCAGAAGUGCCCCUAAGUGUACCAAUUGUAUUUUAUGGAAAUGAAUAUCGAUCUAUUUAUGUAAACGAUAAUGGCUUGCUUUCAUUUCUAACAGAAGUUCCUUCGUUUUUUAAUGCACAAUUUCCACUCACUUAUCCAAUCAUUGCCCCAUUGUACUCUGAUAUUGAUGUAAGAAGUGCAGGAAGAAUAUAUUACAGAGAGACUCAAGCAGAAGAGUUGUUAGAAAGAGCUGCUCGAGAUAUAAGAGCUCAUUUUUCAACCGCUGCCACUUUUCAACCUCGUAGUCUCUUCAUCGCCACUUGGGAUGAAGUCGGCUAUUAUGAUAAGAGAACAGACAAAGUUAAUACAUUUCAAGUGGUUAUAGCAUCAAAUGGAGAGGACAGCUACGCUUAUUUUCUCUAUCCAACUGGAGGCGUUCAGUGGAUUCAAAGUCAGGGAAAGAAUCCUAACUUGCCAGAUGCAAGAGCACAGGCAGGUUUCAUGUCCGGAGAUGGACGACUCUACACUCUUAGAGGAUCGGGCACAGAACAGGCUAAAAACUUCGACAGAAUGUCCAAUGCAAGAAAAGCAGGCAUUUGGCUGUUCCACAUCGGACGCGUCGUUGGAUCUGAAGGAAAUGUCCUUCCACCAGACAUGGAUUCUCAGGAAGGAGGGGAUGGUAAACAAGAUGGACAUUCAACAUCAACAUGCGCAGACACAUUACUGCCCUGUCCACCUCAUUCGACUUGCGUCGAUAAUCCAGAGAAAAGCGGAUUUUGCUGCAUUUGUAAAGAAAGCUUUUUUGGAAAUGGGAGAAAUUGUGUUGAGAAAAAUUCUCCUCAACGUAUGAAUGGAAAAGUCAGUGGUACAAUUAAUGAUAUACCACUACACGAAGCAGAUCUUCAUGCUUAUAUUGUUACAGAAGAUGGUAGGACAUACACUGCAGUAAGUCGUGUACCACCAGGCAUUGGCUCAGAUUUGCAAGUGCUUACACCCUUUGGCGGAAUCGUGGGAUGGCUUUUUGCAGUUUCUAGAAGUGACGCUCCAAACGGUUUCACAAUAACAGGUGGAGCUUUUAACAGAACUGUUGAAGUUGACUUUCCUCAAUCAGGUCAUCACGUUUAUAUUGAAGAAACGUUCUUGGGACCCGAUGUUUUCAACUACAUGAGAGUUCAAGUAAAACUCAGAGGAAGUGUACCGUCUGUUCCUGUAGGUUCCAAAAUUGAAGUUCCAGAUUAUGAAGAAGAAUACACCAGAGUUUCUCCAGGGCAGAUUCGUUCACAUUCAUCGAGAUCUUAUAGAUUAGAAGGGAACAGUCUUGAAGUACCCUUUACCUUGGACCAAACCAUCUCUUACACCGAAUGUGAAGUUCCGAUGUCAAGCACUCGAUUGAAAGUAGCAAGGAACUUUAUUGUAUACGACGCUCAGGAACAAAUAGUCCGAUAUGCUAUGACGAAUAAGAUAUCUCCUCUAUCAGUUGAAGAUCCGUGCAAAGAAGGACGUCACCAGUGUGGUCCAAACAGCAAUUGCGUAGUUGAAGGUGAUUCCUUCCGAUGUCCUUGCAAUCAAGGUUACCAGUAUCUUUAUGAACAAGACGCAGGGGAAGGAAGUCCAACAUGCUUUGAUAUUGAUGAGUGUGCUAUAGGCCGAGCCAACUGUCACGUGUUUGCAGACUGUCUUAAUUUGCCAGGUUCUUUCAUGUGCAGAUGCAAAGCGGGUUAUCACGGAGAUGGAGUAUCGUGUGAACGAAGAAGAUCCUGUUCCGACAUUAACUGUGACCCAAAUGCAGAAUGUGUUGAUGAACCAUUGAGAGGACCUCAGUGUCGGUGUCGAGUUGGCUAUGUAGGAAACGGCCAAACCUGUGAAGUUUCUGAUGGUGGCGACUGUAGAAGUGUAAGUUAUUGUGAUUUGAGAGCAGAGUGUAUUUACGAGGAGGAAACGAAUAAACACACUUGCCGUUGUCGACGAGGCUACACAGGUGAUGGUAUUGUGUGUGUUGAAGACAGUUGUGAUGUUGCUGAUAAUUGCAGUCCUGAUGGAAGUUGCUUGUAUGAUGCCGAGGGUGAAGCUUACUAUUGCGCGUGUAAGCCAGGAUUUUCGGGAGAUGGGUACGUCUGUUUACCAGAAGAAUCUUUCUCAAGUUGUGAUGUCGUUAACAACUGCCAUCCAUUUGCACAAUGCCUUUACGACCAACAGGACCAAAGGUAUCACUGUAGGUGCAAUGCUGGGUACAGAGGAGACGGUAGAAAUUGCCAUCGAGAGGAAGAAAUUACAUGCGAUCAGAUAAAUCGAUGUUCCCCACAUGCGCAAUGCAUUAGAGAAGAAUAUUCUGGAAAAUAUAUAUGUCGUUGUAAUGAGGGAUAUGAAGGAGAUGGUUUUUCGUGUGAUCCUAUUGACGAAUGUAAUACAGCUGAGAACUGUGAUGCAAAUGGUCAGUGCGUCUACGACUCAGCUACUCAACGAUACAGGUGCCAGUGUUCUCCCGGAUACCAAGGCAGGGGUGGCAGAGGCACUUGCUUCCCAGAUCCCGAAGCAUCGUGCAACGUUCGAAACACGUGUCAUGAAAGUGCAAGUUGCAUCUAUGAUGACGUUAACUCACGAUACAGGUGCCAGUGCAAUCCAGGUUAUGAAGGAGACGGACAUAGAUGUGAAAAAACUGCCGUAGCAUGUAACGUCAUCAAUAGCUGUCACGUGAGAGCAGAAUGCUUAUAUGAUCCAUCAUCACGAGGAUACAGAUGCCAAUGUAUAUCUGGCUAUGAAGGAGAUGGUCACUAUUGUCGAGCUGCUAGAUCUUGCGUAGAAGAUCGCUAUCAAUGUGAUCGAAACGCAGAAUGUGUUCCAAAUCACGCAAGUGGACAAUAUGAUUGUCGAUGCUUACAAGGAUUUAUCGGAGAUGGUUUGUCCUGUACUGCUUUAGCACAUCAUAGUGGUGGACAUUUGGUGUUUGCUCAUGGUAUGUCUCUUCUUCGAGUACCAUCCGUGCCAACCAAGAGUAAUCCGGGACAACUGCUUUUGAUGGAGCCUCAUCAAACGCCUGUUGGAUUAGCCACUGAUUGUAAGCUCGGGCAAAUAUACUGGGCUGAUGCUUCUUUAAAAGUAAUUCGAAAAGCUAAUUACAACGGUUCAGAAGUUACAAUGGUUAUCUCGGAUGAUAUGUUAUCUCCGGAAGGUGUUGCAAUCGAUUGGCCUGGUAGAAAUUUAUAUUGGACUGAUUCAGGAAAGGAUACGAUUGAAGUUGCUGGCCUAACAAACAAGUUUAGAAAAGUGUUGAUUUCUGAAGAUUUAAGCAAUCCGCGAGGCAUAGCAAUACAUCCAGGAUUAGGGAAAAUGUACUGGACCGAUUGGAGUAGAAAUUCACCAAAAAUUGAAAUGGCUAACAUGGACGGUACAGGAAGAUCAGACUUAGUGAACGACAACCUCGGUCUCCCUAAUAUGAUCGUUAUUGAUUUUGACCGAAAUAAUUUAUGCUGGACUGAUUCAGGAUUAGGAAGAAUAGAGUGUAUAGCAUUAAACGGCCAAAGCAGAAGAAUUGUGUACACACCAGCAGCUUAUCCAUUUGGUAUUGCAAUCCAUGAAAACCAUAUCUAUUGGACAGAUUGGGAAAUAAAAUUCUUACACCGAGUGGAUGUUAAUGGAGGCGAAGCAGAGCCUCUAGAAGUACCUGCAGGAGGUAGUGGAAAAAUGUAUGGAUUAGUCUCGUUACCCUCAUACUGUCCAUCAGUGGGCAGUCCAUGUGCUGUUGACAAUGGAGGGUGCAGAUACCUAUGCUUGCCUGAUGGAAAAGGAAGCAGAUCUUGCGUCUGUCCAGAUUCAAGUGAAGAUGGUGAACAGAUUGAAUGCUCAGACAGAUCUUGAUUUAAACAUCUUUUCCCAUGAAUGAACAAUUAGUGAAUCAUUUGAUUCAUCAUUCCUAUGAAAAACUCAUGCUGCAUGCCUGUCAGUUCAUUUCAUAAGCAUUUAAGUACAUAAAUGGAAUUUUUUUAGUGGAGCAACA